UUUCAUCAAAAGCUUUGAAUACCCUCUUUCAUUUCUUCCAAGAAAAGGCUCAGAGAAUCUCGAAAAAGAGCCAUAGAACACUUUUCCAUACAGCCAUGGCUUGUUGGUCUGCAGAAAAUGCCACAAAGGCCUAUCUCAACACACUGAAAAUGGGUCAAAAGGCCAAAGAGCCAGCAGUUGCAGAGUUCAUAGCAGCACUAGCUGCUGGCAACAAUGCACAACUGAUGGUUGUGGCAUGUGCUGGUGCAGCAGACUCCACCACACUAGCAUUAGUCAGUGCUGCACAUCAAACCGGUGGCCAUGUUGUUUGCAUUGUCUCCGGCCAUGAUGAAUUAAACGACUCAAAAAAGGUUCUUGGAGUGAAUGCUAGUGAAGUCCAGUUCAAGGUUGGAGAGGUUCAACAAGAACUGCUGUUGUUGAGACAAGCAGAUUUUGUGGUGAUUGAUUGCAACCAUGUUAGCCAUGGAGAGAUUGUUAAAGCAAUCCAAGAUGGUGGCAUGCAAAAUGGUGUAGUGAUUGUUGGCUGCAAUGCACUUAGCUGCAGAGGGUCAUGGUGGUCUUGUGGAUCAAAAACUCAGUUGCUGCCUAUAGGAAAAGGGCUUCUGGUUACGAGAUUUGGAAGAAGUGCUGCAAGCCCAAAACAUGGAUCUGGAGUGAGUAAGAACAGAAGUAGUCGUUGGAUUGUUAAGGUAGAUAAAUGCACUGGUGAAGAACAUGUGUACAAGAUCAGAGUUCCACAGGGAAAAGUGAUUCCAGCUUAAUCAUUUGGUUAAGUGCUUGAUUCAAGCCAUUAUGCUACUUUUCCAUCACUUUCUAGGGAGAAUGGAGUGGUUAAAUUUUGCAAUUAAGAAGGAACUAGAGGAGUUGGUGUUGGUCAAACUUCAAAUGUAUAUAUAGCAAAUUAUAGAUAUAUUUUUAUUACUAUUAUUACAAAAAAGGGUUUGCAGAAUUUUGUUUGUCUUGCAUAAAAGUACUACUUCUGAUGAAAAGAGAGAUCAAAACUCAACUAGUCUUCUUCUCAAAAUAUAGUGUUCAUGUCCCUCUUUGUAGCAUAUAAAAGGACCACAACAGAACAGUUAUACCAGAAGUUUUCUAGCAGACAUUCCGAGUCAUAAAAAUACAUGUAAAUUUAUAUUUUAUGUUUU